GAGGGAGCAUGUGACCAGCUAAGCAGGAAGCCAGACUGUAGAGAGGUGUGUGUUUCUGGCAGGAAUGGCACAGCAGCCGGGGCCCCAUACAGUGUCUCCUGAUAAGCAUGGGAAUACACCCCUCCAUUACGCUGCCCAUGAUAACAACCACAGCUUGGUGAAAGAACUGCUGGACAAUGGAUGUGACGUUCUGGCCAAAAAUGGGAGUGGACUGACGCCCAUGCAUUUCGCAGCCCUGGGUGACAAUGUGGGAAUCUUACAGUUGCUCCUCUCCAGAGCACCCCAAGCUGUGAACCAGAAGAGCAUUAAGGGUUAUACGCUCCUCCAUGAAGCUGUUCGUGGUAAAAGCAUCAAAGCUAUUCAGUUCCUCAUCGACAAAGCUGACCCGAACCUGCAAGAUCAGGAAGGUAACACGCCUCUACACAUGGCGGCAUCACUGAGGCCUGCCGGCACUGCUGUUCAAAUCUCUCAGAUUUUGCUGCACCAUCAUAGAACAAAGCCAGAAAUCCAAAAUCUGGCUCACGAGAAUUUCCUCUUCAGCAUUGUGAGGGGCGCAGCAAUGAAAGCAAGUGAAUCCUCGUCCAAUCUCCUUUCACUCGGCCUUCACUUCCAUCCAGAUAUUCUGUGCAGAAAUGCAGAAGGGCUCACUCUCCUGGAUGUUGCCAGACACAUUCAAUCACCAGACUGCAUCAUUAGAAGAAUUGAGAAAGAGACACAAGAACAGCAAAGAAAAUUCCUGCCGAAGAAUUCCAUGCAGCUGCCCCUUCAGUCUCCAAACCCACAUUUAUCUCUACUGUCUCUGGAGGGUCCUGUGAAAACACCUAGAGGCACAGGGAAAAAAGUGAAGGUUUUUGUUUGUGGGCACCGUGGCGUAGGGAAAAGUACACUUGUCCGCACCCUGAAAGAGACUGGGUUAUUUUCAGAGCUACAGUUCCCUCCUUCCAGCAAAGGUGUUUCCAUAACCCACGCUGACCUGGAUGGUGACACUCUGAUUAUGUGGGAUUUUGCUGGCCAAAUGGAAUGUUACUUCACUCGUUCCCUUCUCCUUGCUACCAGCGGGGCCAGCACUAUGUACUGUGUAGUCUUCAGUCUGGAAGGAGUAGAGAGUGACUUCCAAGAGGGACAAAAAAGGGCUGUUGAACAGAUUAUCUACUGGCUGCGGUUUCUGAGUGCGACCAAAAACGUUUCCCCCAAGCCCUGUGUCCUGCUAAUUGGAAGCCAUCUAGAUAGACUUCCCGAGAACAACAGGGAAGAUAUAGCCAAUUGUUUUUUCCGCAACGUGAUGGAGAAUCAUGCGGAGCUGUUCCAGUUCUUCCAUAUUACGUUCUUACCCAUAAACUGUAAAUGUCCGACUUCUGUGCAGCCGGCUAAACGAGCGCUGAGAGAGACGGUCACACAAACCCCUCAGAGCGAUGAUUCUGUGCCCAACGUUGGUCACUUUGUACUGGAGAAAGCCAGAAAUCUGUGUGCCCACAAUGUCCUGUUCCAGUGCUGGAAUGAGUUUGCUGAUCCCAUUGAUAAGCACCCUGCCAAGCACCUCUCCCCUAGUGACUUGCGGGCAGCGCUGGAGCAUCUGCACAACUUCUCCCAGUUGCUGUACCUGCCGCAGAUACCGUGUCCCUCUGGUACUUCCAGUACCGGCUGUGUCCAUAGACCCAGUGUCCAACCUGAUUCAUCUCCAUCAGGCUUGAUUAUAUUUAACAUGAAAUGGUUCCUGCAAGAUAUUUGUGGCACGUUUGGUCAUUAUUCACUAAGCCCAGCCUCAGGCAGGGAGAAGGAGCAAUGGAGCCUGGAUGAGAUGAAGUGUGCCCUGGAUUUAAAGGCUUGUGAUGGAAACUCUGAAAUGACUCUCAAGUUGCUUGAGAAGUUGGAGCUCUUGUUCCCAACAACUAAAGAAGAGUAUGUUGUACCUGCUUGGCUUAAACGGGGUAGGCCUCCCGGAGUGGUGCAACUGGAGAAAGUACGGGGAAUAGGAUAUUGCUGGGAGAAGACCAGUACAGGCCUUUUCAGCCAGUUUUUUGUAGGCUGUCUCCAGAUUUAUCUUUUGCGUAUGUUUGAACCAGAAAGGUGCCAAUUAUGGAGAGAAGGGGCCAAAUUGAGCGACAAGGCUCAGCUGACAUUGGAGGUCUCUGAGAACAAGCGGUGCCUUUACAUGAUUGGCAGCUGGAGUCAGGACUGCUAUGAAGGUGACUGUUACACGCUCAUGGAAAAGGUGGAGAAAGAAGUGGAGAAAAUGCUCAAUAUGGAACCUAUUAAGAGUUGGAAGAAGUUGCACCUUAUCCCCAGAGAGCUACAUCUCAUAGGUGAGGCUUCUCCCUUCGAGAAGCUGAGCGGUUUUACCUGGGAACAGAUUUUGCAGGCAGAACAAGAAAACAGAGCUUUGUGUGGAAAGAGUCAAGAGGUGAGAAGUUGGGAGAUACUCUUUCCACACCAUGACCAGCGAAUGCUGCAUGAACAAGGAACAUCUUGCAGCACUCACUGGUUGGCAGAAAGCACCCAUAAAAAGCUCUGUGAGUCGUUAGAUAGUCAACACCCAAUGGGCUUGGACUGGAGAAGACUAGCAGAACUACUGGGUGGAGCCACCACCAGCCUUGUGUUAGAAAUAAAUGAAGAGUCAAAGCGUAGAGAGCUGUCACCCACGUGCUUGGUAUUAGAUAAGUACCCAGGGUCUAUUGAACAUCUUCUUGGGGCAUUAAACCAAAUGGGGAGGGAGGACUGCAUUGUGGAGAUAGAGCUGAUGCUGAAGCAUGUAUGCCCAUAGGAACUAAAGGGAACUUACUGUAUAGUACAAAUGGCAGUUUCAACUCCGUGUUGGUUUAAAGGAACAGUUCAGUGUAAAUAUGAAACUGGGUAAAAUAAAAAAUAUUUCUAAUAUAGUUAGGAAAAUAUGUCAUCUAUAAAGGCUGGAGUGAACAGAUAUCUCACAUAACAACUAGAAUUGUACUAUCUCCUUUACAGCUCUCUAAGCUGUUAGCAGUCAGUAACCAAUCAGUGACUUGAGGGGGGACAUA